AUGGAAUUACAAAUUGGUUUAAAAAAUUAUGAUCCUCAAAGAGACAAACGUUUUAGUGGAACUGUCAAACUUCCUAAUGUCCCUCGACCAAAGAUGUCCGUAGCUAUCCUCGGAGAUGCUCAUGACUGUGAUAGAGCUAAAGAGAUUGGGCUUGAAUCCAUGAGCGUUGAGGAUCUUAAGAAACUAAAUAAAAAUAAAAAACUUAUCAAGAAACUUGCCAAAAAGUAUGACGCAUUCUUGGCCAGUGAAUCUUUAAUUAAACAAAUUCCAAGAUUAUUGGGUCCCGGUUUGCACAAAGCCGGUAAAUUUCCUACUCCCGUUACCCACAAUGAUGAUUUGAACGCUAAAGCGGAUGAAUUAAGAUCCACCAUCAAGUUUCAACUUAAAAAAGUUUUAUGUCUUGGUGUCGCGGUUGGGCAUGUUAAAAUGAGUGAAGAUGAAUUGGUUGCUAACAUAAUGUUGAGCAUCAACUUUUUGGUUUCCUUGUUAAAGAAAAACUGGCAGAACGUUAGAAGUUUAUAUAUCAAAUCCACCAUGGGCAAGCCUCAACGCGGUGCAGUUGUGUUGGGAGCUUUAGUUACCUAUUUAUCACGCAAAGCGACUUCUUUACGUGAUCCCGUUAAGGUAUGGCAUGCCUUAAAUAAACCUGUCAUAAGAAGGUUUAGACCUUUGAUAUACUCUUAUCUACUUUCUUUCGCUAAUCCUUUUGUCUCUUGUAUUCAUUUGCGCAUUACAACCCUCAACAAGGGAAUUUGUUCCGGAAUUUUAAAGGAACAAAAGAGAGUUCACAAUCCCUUUAACUGUAUUCACGCAGCGGCGCUUUGUACGUUUGCCGAAACUGUUGGGGGCUUGGCGGUAUUUAGUCAAUUAACCAAAAAAGAUAGAGCAAUCGUUACAAAAAUUAAUAUGGAGUAUCUCAAAAAAGCGAGAGGGUUAAUUACAGCCAUCUGUCAAUUUAACCUUGAAGAAGUUAGCGAACAACCCGAAAGUGAAUGUGAGGUUACUCUUAGGGAUGAAACAUUAGAUAUUGUGGCAAAGGCAACAAUAUUUUGGCAAAUUAGUAGAAAGGACUAA